GAAAAGUUCAACCGAAACAAGUAUUUUCUACUGAUUACGAACGCAAAAACACACCCAGACAUACUUGUGUAGUCUUCAUAAGGGGCCUACCUACACUAGUCUACUACUACUACGUGCCAGCUACUCCUGAGUCCUAGGAUCAUGACCCUCCUCAAGUCUUACUCCAUCAGCAUCAAGAUGUUGUCAUUCUUCCUCUACAUUCUUCUAAUGUCCACCGAGGAAGGAAACGGAGAAUCUAGAUAUGAGACCGGCGGAUUGACAAAAACUGGGAACGGGGAAAGACAGCUCAAGCAGAUAGAACAGUACGGGAAACAUCCAAGGUACGGCAAAUGCUGGACAAGAGCUCUGGAGCAGAUUCAGGAAGGAUGCAAGCAUCUUACAGAUGACGAGCAGAGUCUCAUGGCCCUCGGAUUCACAAACUGUCACCUGGAGAAAGCUGGUCUGCGAACGUACCCCUGCGAUCCCUCACAGAACAUCCAAGACUGCUUGCGACAACUCAAAGACGAUGUCAUCGCGUUCAAUGCGUAUACCGAGUUCUUCACACACACUCAAGACAUGUGUUUCUUUCUUCAGAGUCAGGUGUGGCACGAGCAGACUGAGAGUACUGUAUCCAGACUCGUUCUGAGCUCGGAAGAAGUGGCUGAUAAAAUGGAGGCAACAGGUCAGCUCCAGGAGGAGAUGAAAGUAAAGCAAGAAGAAUCACUUGAGCAGCAGCAUCUUAUCUUGAAGAAUGAGGAGCAUCUAAGGCGUACCUUGGAGACAUCUUCAAAUGAUAUCAAGAGUGUCUUUGCGGAAAUGAAACAGAGCACCCAGAACCAAAGACACCUCUUAGAAGAGACGUUCAGCCGCGUCGCUGACGUCCAGCACAUGAUCCUGGGAGAAUUCAGCUGGUUUAACUCGUUGCUGUUUUUCGCUGCUGCCGUUCUGAUUGCGUACCUGUUGACAUCGGCACCCCGUACUAGUGGGGCUAGACUCUGGCUCUUCAUCAUCCUAGGGGCUGACUUGGUGAUUGAAAGACUUGUGUUUCAAAUGCCUGGGGCUGAUCAAACGCAGCUUUAUGAGCGAAUGUGGCUCUGCAGGAAGUGUUUUUGUUUCGCUGCAAUGGUGACUCUCGUCAUUGUUGCAUAUCGAUAUAAAGACUUUGCUGUUGUGAACAACCAACUGCUUCUGGAUAUCAAACGACAGAACCUUGAACUUUUUCAAGCCUUGAAAAGUGGUGGGAGAUAUCCUGCAAUAGGAAAUGGUGCUGUUGCAGCAGCUUUACAAAGUACCAGCACCACAGCCAUGUCACUACUGUCAAGUCAGAAACAGAAGUCUUUUGGUGCAGGGUUUGACUACAGUGACAGUACACCAGCACGAAACGCAGUUUGCAUAGAUGGGAUGACAAUGCUGGAUGGGUACAGUUCUGAAGAUUUCACGGGUACAGACUCUGAUCCGACAUUUAUAGAAGGAGGUAGCUCCGACGCUGAACCCUCGGACACAGAGAGCUUCCUCACGGCCCGAACACCAAGCCAACCAACCAGCAGACGGGCCAGUUUCAAUGAGGGUCAUCCAGCUGCGGAUCGUGGCUACAACCAAAGCUUCAAUCAUUCGGUGAGUACUCUCACGUCAUCCGAGUCAACAGAUGGAACUUUCACAGGUAGUAUGCCUUCAGCAAAGAGGAAAAGAGGUCGACCAAAAGGAAGUAGAAGUAAACAGUCCACACCCCAAAAUGUAACACCCACACAGUCACGUUAUAAUCUACGGACCAGGGGCUCCCCAGUAGCAGACAACUCCAUCCUGAACAGUGAGACAGUCCAGGCAUUCAUGGAGCGGAUGGGCGUGUCACUUGGGCGGAGGGAGUACAGGGUGGAGCAGUUGACACCAGUAGGGAAUUCAAGAAGACGGGGAAACGUUACGUCAUUUUCAUCGGAUGAGGAAUAUUAAAGCAGCAGUUAAAAUGUCUACAAAGAAGGUUAUAUUAUAAAUAUAGUUGCAAUGACUUCCGUUUAAAUCCUAUUUCGAUGAUUUGUGUGCACAUAGAAACUUGACUGGUGCCAUAAAUUUGAAAAGUAUUUUUUGUUCAAUAGUUUAUUUUAUUUUAUAGUGUAUCUACAUAAUCUGGGGUUUGUCCCCUGCAUACUUAUGGUGUUGCUUCUUGACAAAUUGCAGGAAUGCACCGUGAUUUGGUUGUUAUCUUAAAAUGUAGCUUGGGCUUUGAGCCUCAAUCUUAAAGCGGCGAAGGGGUAGGACCAAGAAAAUAUUCACGAGACAAGAAGUCUUGUACAUGUACAAAAUAUAGCUAAGAACUUUUACUGGAAAAAAAGAAGAUAAAAUUACAAGAAGUCAGAACUGGUUGUUGAUUAACAGUGUGUACAAAUGGCCAUGGCUAGAUGUCUGCAUCUCCUAUACCUAAUCAUUGCUGUUCAAGCCAGCUGUUAUAGCCGGAGCCAAAGUUGCUCAAAUCAGCUAUUUAGUUUUGUAUUUUCUUAUGAAUAUCAUGUGCACAUUACCAAAGAUACAAUGCUUCCAUGGAAUAGACCGUUAUCAUGCUGUCACCAUCUUGGUCAUGUUCCCUGCAUCCCACAGCAGUAAUGGAUGCUAAUAUUCCUUGUACAAGUAGAAACCAGACUAUUUUUUCCAGCCUCCGUCCGGUUACAUUAAUUUGAAUGGGAGAAUAUCAAGACGGCCACAUCAUGAUAAAGGUCUAUACUGCUUUUUUAGUGUGUGGUAUUUUUUUAAAUUUUAUUGUGGUACUAUUUGUAAAUAUCAAGUUAUAAACCAAACAGGAAACUGACUAGAGAGAUUUGAACCAUCGACCUCAAGUUUAAUGUACAUGACUCAACCAACUGUGCUACUGUAUCAAGCCCUCUGUUGGCUGUCUUCCAGUUUAAGUCAGAAGCUUCUGACUAGCAUCCCCAGACAAAGACUGGGCCCCUGUCUUUAUCCGCAAGGAUAAAGACAGGUCCCGCCACUAGAUCCAGUGAUUUUAUUGGAUACAAUGAUAUUGGAUAAACGUGCACCCAAUAUGCCCAAGCAGUACACUACUGUCAAAAAUUAUGUAUAAAAUAUAAAUAUAAAUAUAUAUAUAAAUGACUGAGGUCAAAGGUGAGUCUACAUGCCGGUUUUGGAUGUCGUUCUCUGGCGUUAUUCACGAGCCUUGAAGUGUGACGCCAGAUGUUCAGGCUACCCCAGACAAAGAUAUUGACAAAAUAGGGAGACUGUCAGUGUCAACACAGAUAGCUAAGUUGGUAGAGCUCUGUCUUAAACUAGAGGUCGUUGGUUCAAAUCCUGUUCUAGUCAAUCCCAAAAACUAUUUGUAAAUAGUAUGUAUAAUAAAUGUUAAAUUUACAUUUGGGAUAUUUUUUUAAACCCCAAACCCCUGAUGUGUGUAAUGCACUGUAUACUCAGUACAUUUUCAGUCUGAUUCCAGUAAAAAAUAUUCACAGGCAUAUUUACUCGGGUGGGGUUUGUAACCCACAACAUUUGCCAUUCUAGAGCUGAUUAAGAACACCAAGAUUGCCUUGUGGCUAGAGGCUGUUCUAGUAUGCUAUUGUAAAUACAAUUAAUUGUGUUUGUAAAUGCUUAGAGAGGUGAUAUUUUGCAGCCAUUUUAUUAUUCCGGGGGCUAAUCAUAAGGCACCAUGUCAACAGUCAGGCACAUUCUAGAUGCAAAAGAACUUAGAUCAGAAGUUGUAAGCUAAAGUAGUGUACUAGCUAAUUUUCUAUACCUUCCGCCUGGGUAUUAGUUAAAAAGCAGGACAGUUCUUUUCAGAACUAAGAAGUUUCCCGAACAAUCCGAUAAAUCUACUUCGCGGUAGUAGAAUAUAGAAAGACAGUUUUCUAAACACAAACUCUACCCGGCGAAUGGACACACACAUGGUGUUACCGCAAACCAAAUACAUGUAUAUUCGAUGUUACCUCUGACGUCACUC